AUGGAACGCCCAAAAACACGUACCGUCUACCGACGAAAUGCAUCUAAGCCCAACACCCUCGAACUCCUAUCGGAGCCGUUGAAACCCCUUAAAGCAACCGAGAUACUCAUCCGCGUCCACACCGUCUCGCUCAAUUACCGAGAUAUCAAUAUCCUCAGGGGCACAAAUCCAUGGCCUACAUCUGACAAUGGAGUCCCAUGUUCUGACGCAGCAGGUGAAGUGACCGCCAUCGGUGCAGAAGUAACGCGAUUCAAGGUCGGGGACCGCGUAUCUCCUAUCCUCGACCAGAAGAGUAUUACAGGACAAGAACAAUCGAGAGAAUGGCUUGGAGGGGAAGUUGAUGGGAUAUUGGCGGAUCAUGUUAUUUUCCCGGAAGAGAAGGUGGUGUUGAUUCCUGGCCAUCUGAGUUGGGCCGAAGCAGCUUGCUUGCCUUGUGCAGGGUUAACGGCUUGGAGUGCAUUGGCUGUGGGAGGUGAGCUUGUUGCUGGGAAGACUGUGUUGAUUCAAGGGACUGGUGGAGUGAGUCUUAUGGGUCUGAAGUUAGCGAUUGCGGUGGGCUGCAAAGUGAUCAUCACUUCAAGCUCUGAUGCUAAACUUGACAAAGUCCGGGAAAUGGCUGGUGGUAAGAAGAUAUCUACUGUCAACUACAGCAAAACUCUGGACUGGGAGCGUGAAGUGCUGAGGUUGAAUGGUGGGAGAGGAGUUGAUAUCGUCUUCGAAAAUGGUGGGUCCUCUUCGCUCAUGAAGAGUAUUGCUGCGACUACAAAGAGAGGGAUCAUCAGCCAGAUUGGAUAUCUUGGACAACAAGAUCCUAAAGACUUGAAUGGACUCAUUUCUUUACUGAUCGACAGGACCGUUACACUUAGAGGAAUCAACGUCGGAUCUCGCUUGGAGUUUGAAGCCAUGAAUCGAGUGAUAGAUGCUAAUGAGAUGAAUUUUGAGGACAUCAUUGAUAAGACAUUUUCAUUCGAUCAGGCAGAAGAGGCUUUCAAGUAUUUGAAAAGCCAACAGCAUGUAGGAAAGGUGGUGAUUGUAAUCCAGUGA